AUGGGCUCAGUGGGAGCGGAGCGCCGCAGGCCCACGCCGGUCCAGACGCCCGAGGAGAGGGAUGUGUGGAGGGAUGGAGGAAGAGCUGGAUGGAGGGAUGGCGGGAGGGAGGGCUGGAGAGAGGGAAGAGAGAGCGGCGUGGUGCAGAGCUACAGCUUCGACUCGUACCAGCUGGAGGAGGAGGAGAUCAGUAAGGAUGCCCCGGAGCGAGGAGUGCUGGCUCUGUCCGAGCCCGACUUUGAGGAGCCGAUCCCUGACGACCGUUACCAUGGCAUCUACUUUGCAAUGCUAUUGGCAGGAGUGGGCUUCCUGCUUCCCUACAACAGUUUCAUUACUGAUGUGGACUACCUGCACCACAAGUUUAAAGGGACGUCCAUAGUGUUCGACAUGAGUCUCACCUACAUCCUGGUGGCUCUGCUGGCCGUCAUCCUCAACAACGUGCUGGUGGAGAGACUCAGCAUGCACACCAGAAUCACUGUGGGUUACAUCUUAGCUCUCGGGCCGCUGGUCUUUGUCAGUGUGUUUGAUGUGUGGCUGGCAAAGUUCACCACCAGACAGGCUUACAUCGUCAACCUCGUGUCAGUGGGAGUGGUGGCCUUUGGAUGUACAGUGCAGCAGUCCAGUUUCUAUGGUUACAUGGGGAUGCUGCCCAAGAGGUACACACAGGGGGUGAUGACUGGGGAGAGCACAGCGGGGGUGAUCAUCUCCCUGUCCCGCAUCUUCACCAAGCUGCUGAUCACCGACGAGAGGAGGAACACGCUCAUCUUCUUCCUCGUCUCCAUCAGCAUGGAGAUGCUCUGCUUCCUGCUUCACCUGCUGGUCCGUCGCUCCAGAUUUGUCCGCUACUACACCAGCCACGCCCAGGGCAAGGGUCCGGGCAAAUGUCACGACCCGCGGGACAAUGGGACUGGAUACCGCGUUCACCAUGAUGUCACCGCAGAGGAAGUAAGAUUUGGAAAUGGAGGGACAGGCCCGUCCUCCACAGAGGAAGGCGUCGAGGACAUUGCGGGUGGGAUGUAUGUGCGAUUUGACGCCCCGAAAGCCAAGAUAAGGAAGAGCUGGCCCGGCGUCCGCGACAUGAUCUUGCAUCGCUACGUGGUGUCCCGUGUGAUCUGGGCCUACAUGCUGUCUAUAGCGGUGACCUACAGCAUCACUCUGUGCCUGUUCCCCGGGCUGGAGUCAGAGAUACGAAACUCCACCUUGGGGGAAUGGCUCCCCAUCCUCAUCAUGGCCACCUUCAACAUGUCGGACUUCGUUGGCAAGAUCCUGGCUGCGCUGCCGUACGACUGGUCUGGAGGCCGCCUGCUCUUCUUCUCCUGCCUCAGGGUGGUCUUCAUCCCUCUGUUCGUCAUGUGCGUGUACCCGGCCAGCGCCCCCACCCUGUCCCACCCCGCCUGGCCCUGCCUCUUCUCCCUCCUCAUGGGAGUCACCAACGGGUACUUCGGGUCUGUGCCCAUGAUCCAGGCUGCUGGCAAAGUGCCGCCCGAGCAGAGGGAGCUGGCAGGGAACACCAUGACAGUCUCCUACAUGACGGGCUUGAUGGUGGGCUCGGCUGUGGCGUACGCAGCCUACAGCUUCACCGCUCCAGGAUCAGGAAUGCGCUUCUCCACGCUCAACAUGCACACUCCUGCCAACGGUACCGGGUAUUGA